AAGAAAAAAAAAUAUCAUUUAUCUCUUCACUUACUUAAAUUACUUAUCUCCUUUGUAUCUGCUUAUCUCUCCAUCUCUCUCCCUUCCUCUCUUACAAAAUCAAGAAUGGCCGAAGAAACACAGCCAAAAUGGAAAGGGAAGGCCAUGGCAGUGCUGAAACGCUCAACCCCAGAUCAGAUAUGGCCAUUCUUAGAGGAAUUCUGCAACUUAGACAGGUUGUUUCCUGACAUCCAUACCUGUUAUAGAGUGGAGGGAAGUCCAGGGCAGCCUGGCUUGGUCCGUCACUGUAUAGGCCAGUUUGGAUGGGCCAACGAGAAGCUUUUAACCAUUGAUCCCACCAAUUGGUCCUUAAGCUACCAGGUCCUGGAAAAUAACUUUGGGCUCAACAACUACGUUGCCACUCUCAAAGUCUUGCCGACGGCAACAAUGGGGGAUGAUGGUAAGCCUGAAGGGUGCGAGAUCGAGUGGUCGUUUAUAACUGAUCCGAUUCAAGAUAUGAAAUUGGAAGAUUUUGUUUCUUAUAUUGAUAACACUGUCCAAUUCAUGGCAAACAAAAUGGAGGAUGCCCUCAAUGCUCAAAUGCAGAGGUCUGGUAUGUCUUGAAGUGGUAAAAGCAUAGGUUUGGUAUGUAGUGGUAAAAUUGCUAUGGAGUACUUUGUAUUAAUUAUAUUUUACUCAUUUUACUUAAUAAAUAGAUAAAUUAAUUAUAUUAAAGAGUAAAA